CGGAGGCGGCCGUUGGCGGAGGGAUCCGGCGCGCGCAGUGAGGCUCCGUGAAGCGGCCCUCGGUGCGUCCCCGGCUGGUGCGCCUCCUGCCUCCCUCGCGACGCCGUUGCUGCCUUCGAAGCCUCCGGACGCCGCUGACGCCGCCUCGCCGAGCCGGAUCCGACAAUGGCUGACCAGCUGACUGAAGAACAAAUUGCAGAAUUCAAGGAGGCCUUCUCCCUCUUUGACAAGGAUGGCGAUGGCACCAUCACCACCAAGGAGCUGGGCACCGUGAUGAGGUCUCUGGGGCAGAACCCCACCGAGGCCGAACUGCAAGACAUGAUUAACGAGGUGGAUGCGGAUGGCAAUGGCACCAUCGACUUCCCUGAAUUCCUCACCAUGAUGGCGAGGAAGAUGAAGGACACUGACAGCGAGGAGGAGAUCCGGGAAGCCUUCCGGGUGUUUGACAAGGAUGGGAACGGCUACAUCAGCGCUGCCGAGUUGCGCCACGUGAUGACGAACCUCGGCGAGAAGCUGACGGAUGAAGAAGUGGACGAGAUGAUCCGGGAAGCCGAUAUUGACGGAGACGGGCAGGUCAACUAUGAAGAGUUUGUGCAGAUGAUGACCGCAAAAUGAAGCCCGCAGACGGAGUGGCUGGCAAGGCCCGUUUUCUCCUUCGAUAACUUUUCUCCCACACUCACUCUCUACUUAAGCAACCUGGUUCUCUAAGCAAACAAAUCGGCUGUCGAAAAAAUCUGACCAAGCAGUUAAAAAGUUGGAAAAAAAAAAAA